AUGAGUUUUAUCCAUUCACUCUUGGCCAUUUUUGGGCCACUUUUACUGCUCAUAGACGUCCCUUGCGAGGGUGAAAUCGUCUCUUCCAAGGACAUACACGAGGCUCAGAAUAUAAUCGCUGAGCAGGAGAGGCUGAUUAAAAAGGUAAAUGAGAUAUCCGAGAGAUGUGAGAUUAACGGGUCCAAGGCUCUAAAACAGUUUGAGGGCGCCUUCAACAGCACACUUCCGUACUUCAAGGAGGAGAAUUCGGGAGAUGGAGAUUUGAAGGACGAAUCUGGCAAGUUCAAGGUUGCAGGAACCGGAAUAAACAACUACGCAGAGAUGGUACAGACCUACGCCCACUCGCAAAGGGGAGUUUUGGACAACAUCCAGAUCUACAUGGACCAGGCGGUCACGGCUAAGGCAAAGGCUCAAGCGGAGUAUACUAAGACGAAAGAAAUAUACGCCAUAGUAAAGAGAGAUUUCGAAAAGCACGAAAUCAAGAGUGUGAACCCAAGCAUUUCGACAAUCGUCUCGUGCAAAGACAGGAUCUCCGAGGUCUUGAAUGCCCUUGAAGGAGUGAAUGAGAAGCUAAAGAAGCAGAUAAGCACCCUGGAUUUUGCAACAACGAGGUUGAUAUCCUACAGGUACCUGUUUGAGAUUUUGAAAAAGUCCAGGGAGACCUACAUCACCUCGUAUAAACAGCAAGUUGAAUCGAUUGAAUAUGUGGAAAAGAUAACAGGUCACCUCAAGGAGGCUACAAGUAUCGUGAAAAGGGCAGACUUGGAGAUAAAGGAGGCGAGCAAACGACUCUUUCAAAUUGACUAUACAGCGGCUCUUGGUCUGUUUGAAACGAUCAAGGAAUACAGGGAAGCAAUUUCCAAGGAGGAUACCACAGUGCACGGCUUUACUGAGGAGAACAAGAAGGAUUUGGUAACGAUGAAGGACCUGUUUAGUCAAAUCAGGUCAGACGUAAAACAAUAUAGUGAGAAGCCAGAAAAGGGCCAGGAUAAGAUUAUGGCAAAGUACAAGAAAAUAGAUGAGCUAUCCAAGGGAAUACUAAAGAGAAGGAAUCAGUCUCACGCCGGAAAACAGUCCACCUUUACCAUUAUAGUAAAAAUCAGAAAACUGUACGAGGACAUUUUAAAACUAUUAGAGACCAAGGAACUCAAGGGUAGAAGAAGAGAAGGUAUAAAGCUGCCAAACAUCGACGUAAGUGCGUCUACAAAGGGUGCAGAGAGUGACCAGGAAUCCUCUGAAAUUCCAGAGGCACCGCCACGAUACAAGGACAUUUACCCUGAUGGAGAUGAGACUUCUCCCAGACUUUACCCCAAAAUUUCAGUAUACGGAAAUGAAGAUGUGGUUCAAGAUGGAGAUUCCGUAAUGCCAAAGCCUACAACUCCUCAAACGGAAGAACCAGAUGAGAGGGAUACAAGGCCUAAUGAUCCAUCAAAGGAUGAUAGACCAGCCUAUGUACCGAGUGACACACCAAAAUAUCAACCACCUAGAACAAACGGUUCAUCAACCUAUGAACAAGAUGAAUCAUAUGACAACACACCCGCAGAUAACAAAAAUGAAGAACCCAGUGAUACGCCAAACACAAGAGUAGAUGAUAAACCAACUAGAAGAGCAGACGACACGCCAACAGAUGAUUCAGCUACACAAAGGAAACCGGUCAAGACUGAAGACACAUCCAAAAAACAGGGCGAGGGUAAGGGCAUCUUUGGGUACUUCAUGUCCCUAAUCAAGCCUAACAAGGACAAGAGAGGUACAUCCGUCCAGAGCGAUGAGGGUAGCCCUGAGCCAAGAUCAGACGACGGCCAUGCUAUUAAACUGCGUCAAUACAAUAUCAAGGACCCAGAGAUUGCUGAAUUGGUGCAAAGAAUAUCGUUACUCAUCGGAACCGAUGGACAGGAAGUCAUCAACCUCGUAACCCUGGCACACGAGUUCAGACGCCAAUUUGAGAUUCUAAAGUACAAGGUUGAAAUUUCCAUUAAAAGCAGUUCGGCCUUUAACCCAAUGACGCUUUUAGUCGAGAUUUUGAACAGGAGUCUUUUCGAUAUUUGUAAAUCGCUCUUGAAGAGAAAUGAGUUGUAG